AUGGUUCUGGGCCUUUUCCAGAAAGCACGACAUUUAGCUAAAAAAUCAAAGCAACCAGCGCUUGACUAUGGUCAUUUCGCGAAGAAACUCUGUGACACAUCGAAUUUCGCGUUUCUUCGGAAAUACUCGAAACCGCUGAUGUGGAUCGUCAAUGUGGUCAUUCUGUUCUAUCAACUCGGAAUGGGCAGUGUGGCCAUGCUGUUUAUCGCCGACAAUUUGGUUGAUCUUUGUGGAACCUCACUCGGACCAACAAAACAUAAACAGGUGAUCGUCACCUGCACAAUUGUUCUCGGAUGCACGUUACUCACGAAUCUGUUCACGAAAAUGCGAGUUGUUUCGAUUUUCGCACUGGUCUCGACUUUCUUUUUUCUGAUUGGAUUGGUGUUUCACGAACACGAUGACAAUGAUUGGAAUCUUGAUCUAUGCUUUCGAAGGGCAAACAAUGAUACACUGCCUAUGGUAACGCUAUCCAACCGACAAUCACAAGCAAUAUGCCAAAAAACGCUCUUUUUUACGGUGGUUGACAUUUUUUUAAUGAUUCAAACGCUGUCUGGGAAUGCAGUCGCUUUGUACGUGAUCUUUAAAAUCUUCUCUCGGGGCUUCAACGAAGCGAUUCUCAAUCGUUUCCCGAAAAUUCCACAUUUUGUCGUCGACAAGGGAUUUCGAUACAAAAACUCAGGAGAAAAUGAGGGAAAUGGAUCGUAUUCGGAUAUUGUUGGCACCUAUGUGAUCGAAACAAAGAUGUGCCCC